GAAGGCCAGACUCAGAUGUGUUUUAAAGAUUACCACAUAAUUUAUAUAUGAAUGUGAAAAAAGCACUGAGAGGUAAGCCUCACUCGUAAGGACUGACACAUUAAUUGUUGUGGCAUUCAGUCCACUGUCUCUCCCAAUGCGGGCGUCUUUCGUGCGUGAAUUCAAUACAAUUGAAUAGCAUUUUAAUGCAAAUAGUGGUGACAAUAAGCAGUGAAAUACUGAUUUCCAGGAUAUAGGAGCCCAACACAACACACAACUCAUACUUCCCUUGAUUGUCAGUUCCACUCCACAGGUUGGGCACCGGGAGUCUACUCUACACUACACUCAACGCUACUCCACAUACAGUAACAGAACUUUUUUAAUAACCAGAGUUUGUAUAGCAUCUCAACAAAGAGUGCUUUACUUCUCUAUCUCUCCCUUUCCUCACAUCCUAUCUAUCAAUACCUGAAGAAACCGUACGACAAAAGCAAGUGGAAAGCCAUUGGAAAAGCCACCACCCGUUCCCUUCGCACAGAUGUUGUUCACUCACAUCUAUCGUGAGAUUUAAAGUUUUAGUCAAAACUUUUUCUGCGACCAAAACAUUGUGUUUAAAGAGCUUCGCCACACCAUUGAAGACAAUGAUCGCCAACCGAGUGAUCUCCAAGUUUGUGCUGCCAUACGACACAUCGUCGACGCCAUAUAAUAACCACGACUUUGAUCCAGAAGUGCACGAUCUCUGCCAACAGGAGUUGGGCACUAAUCACCUAAGAGUUGCCAAAUGUAUUGUCGUGGGAGACAUCGCCGUGGGAAAGACGUGUCUAAUCAACAGAUUUGGAUACAAUGUCUACGCCAACAACUAUAAGGCCACCAUUGGGGUGGACUUCGAUGUCCAGAAGUUUGAGAUAUUAAAUACCCCGUUCAGUUUACAACUAUGGGACACGGCUGGCCAGGAGCGGUUCAAGUGCAUCACCACCACCUACUACCGGGGCUCGCACUGCGCGGUCGUCGUCUUUGACUUGUCAAACAUGUCGACCCUCUUAUCGGUCGAGAAGUGGAUCGAAGAGGUGCUGGAGGCCAACGCGCGGUCCGAGAAACCCCUCCUAUUCCUCGUGGGCACCAAACGCGACCUCCUGGGCGAGGGGGCGGCCGAGUUCGUGGCCGGGGAGGCGGCGAAGAUUGCCAACCGAUUGGAGGCUGAGUUCUGGACGGUUUCGGCCCAAUCGGGCGAAAACGUGAAGGAGUUGUUCGCGAGGAUCGCGUCACUCGUCUUCAACCAGAUUAUGGCCAAAGAGUUGGUGGCGAAGAGGGAGUCGCAGAGCAGUCAAGUGAGCGGCAAAUCGGACGUGAAAUACGCGGAGAACUUCAUCCGAUUGAAGGAUAAGAAGAAGGAUAAGAAAAAGAGAGACUUUUGCUUCAAAAUGCAUUGCGUUAUCAAAUGAAUGGCAAAUGUUUUUGCAAAUUAUUAUUAUUUUAAGUCAUUUUAUGAUGAGUUGAUUAAGUUAUACACGAAAUCUAUUCAAUAUAUAAGAA